AUGUCAGCAGAUAAUAUUGAAAAGUUGUACCAAAAUUAUGGUAUUUUAGCCGACGCUAAAGAUGACAUCUCUAAGCAUGAAAAAGAAUACUUGGAAAUAUUGGCGGCGGUGAAGGGGUCGGAUAAGGAAAAACGGUUGGCAUCACAAUUCAUUGCGAAAUUUUUCAACAGCUUUCCUAAUCUCGCCGAUCAAGCUAUUGAAGCUCAAUUCGACCUGUGUGAGGAUGACGAUGUUGCCAUCCGGAAACAAGCUAUCAAGGACUUACCUACGUUGUGUAAAGACCAUAAGGAACAUACACAAAGAAUUGCUGAUAUCCUAGCUCAACUUUUACAGUCUGAGGAUACUACAGAGAUCAAUGUAGUGACUAGUUCGUUACUUACUAUUCUGAAGAUAGACCCAAAAGGUGCACUUACGGGUAUGUUCUCUCAAAUACACCAGAAUGCAGACAGUGAAGUAACUAAUGAGGUUGUAAGGGAAAGAUGUAUUAAAUUCUUGGCAUCUAAAGUAAAGCAACUUGGACGUGAAGUAAUUACGAAGGAAGCUGAAGACUUGAUUGUUGCUGAAUGCAAGAAACUUUUGGAGUUGCAAGAUGUUGUCGCUGAAGAAUUUGAGCAUAUUAUGGAGUUAUUGACAUGGUCAAAGUUAGGGAAGACACCUGCAGGGAAAAAGGAACUAGUACAGAUAGUUGCUGCUCUUGCAUUCACUCCUGAUGACUGGCAUCCAGAGGAUCCUGAAUAUGUGGAACGAGUUAUCCAGUGCACACAACAUGCUUUGCCAUUGUUCUCGGCAUUAGUGGAUUCUACUCAGUUUGUCAACUUUUUCUGCGACCACAUACUGCUAGGUUGGGACAAUAUUACCACACCAGAAGGCAUGGACCCAAAACUAGAACUGUUGAAGAUAUUUGCCGAGAUCACAGAACAUUGUGGUGAACUUGAAAAUCCACCAAAGAAAAUUGAUGCAGUUUAUGAAUUGCUAAUGAAAUACUUGCCAGAAGCACCAAUUGAGAAUGAAGUGGCUGAGGGUGAAAAAUCAGAAGACAAGCCAGAAGACUCGAAAACAGCGCCAUUACUACAAUUUUCUCAUGUUGAAUGCGCAUUAUUUGCCCUGCAUUCAUUAUGCCGUAAGGCUCCGGAAGCUCUAACUACAGAUGCUGCGAAAAUUAAGGCAUUGCGCCUGCGCCUACAAUACACCGCGCGACUUACUCAAGGAUACAUAAAGAAAUUGAAGGAAGUUACUCAGGGCCAAAAAGGUGAAGAUGCCAACUCGGAAGAAAACAAGCUCAAAAUAGCCGCGUUAAAGACUACUUCAAACAUCAACACACUCAUAAGAGAUCUAUUCCGUACUCCACCAAGCUUCAAGAGCAAAGUUCAAUUGUCAUUCCAUACCAAGAAAGUUGAUAAAGAGGAGAAACAAACUGCUGACCCAGAGACUACAAAACAAUCGCCAGGACAAAAACGACACCGUCCGAUUACCUUUGAUAAUGACAAUGAAAAAGAAUCGCCCGAGAAGAGAUCGCGUAGUGGAGACAGGAAUGUCAAAAUGUACACCCCACCUUCUGGAAAAUACAGCUCAAGGCUGAACAAUAACGGAAGAUUCUCUGGGAAUAAUUCUGGCGGAAGGGGAGGCCGAGGGGGUUAUGGUAGACGCGACUUCAGGAACAAUGGAGCACCUUUCCGAAGGCGAAACAACUAUUAA